AUGUCAUCAGCAGCAGGUAACGCAUUCAAGAGGUUUUGGAACUCUGAGACAGGCCCAAAGACUGUGCACUUUUGGGCCCCAACUUUGAAAUGGAGUUUGGUGUUUGCAGGGUUGAGCGAUAUGAAAAGACCAGUUGAGAAGCUUUCUGGUACUCAGAAUCUAUCAUUGUUGGCUACUGGUGUGAUUUGGACGAGGUGGUCGUUUGUGAUCAAGCCCAAGAAUUACUUGCUAGCGUCAGUGAACUUCUUCCUUGGGGGUACAGCAGGGUACCAGCUAGGACGGAUAAUCAACUACAGGGUGAAGGAGGGAGAUUCGCCUCGGGAGGUUGUGGAUUACAUUAUCAACGGGCCUAAGAAGGGCAUUGCUGAGCAGGCUACGGAGAAGCUGGCGGAGGUUGCGCCAGCGGCUGUUGAGUAG